AUGGCCUCCGUAAUAGCAUCCCUAGUGGCUCCAUCUAAAAGUCGAAUCCAAGAUCUGUUGCGGCUCCGGUGUUCAAUUUUCGGCACCUCAUACAAUCCGACGUCGGUGCGAACCGGUGCCAAGUACUUGCGUGCACGACUCAAGGGGCCUUCUAUGCUACGAUACUACCCGGAAACUCUUUCCUUCAAGAAAAUAAACGCCAUGUUCCCGAAAGGAGAUCUUGAUCUCCCCGACUAUGAUGAAUGGCAACGAUUAAUUGACGUUGGGAACCGUAAGGCUCGAGGAAAGGGCGCUCCGAAAAAGGCGAAAACGCCAGCCGACAGUCGGAGAUUGGCCAAGAAGCGCAAGUAA